AAGGACUAACUAGCAGAAAAAUUUGUUAUCUUUUGCAGUUUUGUUUUUAGUUAUGAUAUUAGUUUAAAGGUGAAAAAACAAGAACAACUGAUCACAUGAUUUCCUGUUGGUUUGUUGUCUACAAAAAGUGAAAGUGAAAGUUGGUUUUAACCAGUAAAGCUACAAUUCUGUUGCUUCAACCGCCAAGCAAUGACUUUAUAUGGACACCAUGCGCUUCAAUUCAAAGGAACUUUCCUACAUUGCUCAGCAUGCUGACCGGUUUGACAAAGAAGGUGUUUUGUUGAUGAAAGAAAAAGUAGAUGGCUUGUUCAAAAAAGGAUCAGUUUAUCAAGAAAGAUAUUUUAGGUUGAAAGGGAAUCUGCUCUUUUACUUCAAGCACAAAGAACAGACUAAAGUUGAACCUCUUGGUGUAUUUAUCUUGGAGAGAUGUACAGUGGAGCUAGAUCUCAAAGAAGAUAUUGCUAAUUCUUUCAUGCUGGUAUUUGAGGGAGAGGAACACCCGUUCUUCCUAGCGACAUUGUCCGAGGACGACCGCGAUUCAUGGAUCCAGGCCCUACACAUCGCCAGCUAUGAGUGCCUUAAGAUGCAGCUACAACAGCUCCGUGAGCAGGUGCAGGCGAGGACGGGUCGCGACCCCAUACAGCUGCCCAAGGAACCCGUCGGCCUAGACCUGGACUCUGAAACUGAUCACUCAGAAGAUCCCGUUCUUGAAAUUUCAUUAUCCUGUAAUGAUUUGCCCACUGACAGCAAUGGACAACCUCCGAAUACCUUGAUUAUUCUACACACAAUAACCCCACCCGACCAGCAACUGUGGAUACACCAUAACCACACCGAAAUAGUUGAGAAAUCAUGCAACCCCCAGUUCUUGAAGACAGUGGGUUUUGGUAAUAAGGACAGUGUUGACACGGCAACCAGAGUAAAACUGACAGUCUACCAUGUGGUGGAGAGAAUGACAUGGACAAUGUUUCAAGUCGGUCAGGCUGUGUUCACUCUGCAGGAUGUGCUCAUGAAUCCCAGUUCAACACUGACCUUGACCUUACAGGGUUCAGACAUGAAGGAGUAUGGACAAGUGACUAUCACGUGUUGGGUUAACGACAGUGAUUUUAUGAAAGAGAGUUCGGACAGUAGUUUGAAGAGCCGUGGAUCAUUCACGAGGAACAGCACAGUUCUGAAGAUAUACCACGAGUCUGUGAUCAAUCGCUCGUUCCGAUUCACCACCAACGUCGUCGACAAGGUGCUGCUUGUACAUGAGUACAUGGCCGAGAGCAGAUGGUCAUUCGUUAUCCCUUCAUUACUCCUGAAGCUGUGGAUUGAUGAAGAAAAGAAAAAAGUUUCAUUGCUGCAGGAUUUUGGAGAGAUUUCUCCCACUUGGUCGAGUCUGCGGCAGGAAAUGACUGACUACUGCAUGAGUUCAAUCUCAACUUACACCCAAAAAGUAGCCCACCUUUCAAGUUACACAGGUCCAUCCUUCAAGCCAAGUUGUGAGAAGGAUAACAAGGAGUUAGAGUUUAUUCCUACGAACCUACACCUAGCGAGAAUGUGCGUCACAUCUGAGGGAUCAUCUGAAGCGACUGUGUAUGACAUUAUGACUGUGGGAGCAUUCGUGGCGUACACCCAGAAGUUCCGGUCAGGCGGUCUGCGCAAGAUGCUGCAGGGUCAGCGUGAGUUCCACAGCAGCCAGAGCACGCUGGGCUUCAAGACGAAGAUACAGAGCUCAUGCUCGCUCCUCAACGACAUCAACAAGCUCAAGGCCGAGGUCACGGAGGGCUGCAAGCAACUCCACCAGAGCGCGCUGCAGGGCUCGGAUGUUUCACUGCAGACGGCCACAAAAGACCUGACUGAAGUGGUUCGUGAGCUGAUCCGUCUCUGUGACGACCCGCUGCUGCAGCUGUCAGCGGAGAAGUACAUGCUGGCCAAGUCUCCAUCUAACGCCAGCGAUGGCCUCGAUGUGGUGGCAUCGCUCGGACCGGUGUCCAAGUCAUUCCACGGCAGACAGGCCAAAUCACCGGAGAAAGCGUGGAAGUGGUCGGGCAGCAGUUUCGUGAAAAGUCCCACAGUUGAACCAUGGGAGGUGACUCGACUGAACCUGGAGGCUGCACUGAUGUGUCUCAUCUCGAAGGUGGAUGAGUUCAGCAAGGACAGCACGUCUGACGAGGCGGUGUGGCAGUCGGAUUUAAACCCCAUCAUCAUCAAUCUGCAGGAUUUUGUGGAAAUUGUUUCCACAAGGGCAGCACUCUUCCUAUCAUUUCUUUCGCUCGUGCCCCAUCACACGUCACAAGUUAAUAGUUGGUCAUGUCAGACAACUCCAAUACUGAUUCCCCUUCACAUGGAGAACAAAGACCAUAUCAAGUUAAACCACAUGAUAAAAUACAGACGAGACAUUGUCGCAUCACAAGCAAUUACAUCAUUGGUGGCUGGAUUAUCCAUCACUAUGCAGACUCGCAUCACGGACGAAGCAUUUCUCGAACAGAUCUCAAAGAUCGGAUUUCUUAUAGGCUUUGAGGCGUUGCUCAGUUGCUAUGGUGACGAGAUGGGCAUGCUGGAGGACAUGUCCGUCGCUGUUGACGACCUCGCGUUUGUUUUCAUCAAGUUUGAGGAAGAAGUAGACGGCCAAUGUGAACCAACCAUCACCGCCCUCAGCGAUGUAAAAGCAGGAGAAUUUCCCGAUAUCAACAGACAUUCCAUAUGUGUGUCACUUCCUUUGCCAAAGACAUCAUUUUCUAAACUGCCAGAGAACUUACAGAAGAACAAAAUAAAGAUAACUCCCGUUUUCUUCAACAUUGGAAUCAAUGAACAAGCAACACUGGCUGAGAAGUUCGGGAACACCAGCACACAGGAGAGAAUAAAUGCCGAGAGUAUAGCUAAAGUGUUCAACUAUUAUGAAGACUACGUUAGGCACUUCGGAGAGCCAGAGAACAAGUCGGGGCCUGGCAGUGUGAACAACCUGACUAAGCAGCUGCAUACGAACAUCAUGACGAAAAAGAGCAAGAACACAGAAGUAUUGCAUAUUGCAGCUGAGGUGUGCCGCAAGCUGAAAGGAAUUCGAUUCAUCAGUUGUAAGAGUGGUAAAGAUCGAACCUCGAUGGCCGUUACCCUGGAGAUGGUACAGAUCCUUCAACAUGAACACGACCUGGCCUCUCAUGUCUUCUUACAUGCACUCGACUGUCUACGGAGUGUUGGCUGUCGGAGAGAGAACCCGCUGAAGAAUGCCGGAGUGCGGAAAUACGCCUUUAACAGUCUCCAGCUACUGUACAUCCCCAGACUGUACCGGCCACCCAGUGGAACGUACGGCAACACUCAGACAUAAUGAAGGCUCUGGCUUAGAUAAAACACCACAAACAGCUUUAUUUAAUUCCAUUUGUGUCUUGGACAACUUUAUAGCUGAACACAUCUUGUCAUUUCAUUUUCUGCCAUUAGAUGCAUGACUUGUCUUUAACAAGGCCUAAUACAUGAUCAUUUAUUUUAAAAAGCAAAGUGUGGAAAGUAGCAGACCCAACAAGAGGGAAAUUUGAAGUGGUGUGUGUAGGAGGUAGAAGUCGGUUGGGGUAGGGAAGAGGAUGUCAAAUGGCUUGCCUAUAAAUAAGGAUCAAUGCUGGCUCUGGAAAGCUUGCCAGUUACUUAUGAGAAAGUUCUCCACACUCUAAACAAAAUUUAAAUUGUAAAUAGUUUUAGGUGUAUCCUAGGCCAUACAUUUAGAGACUUAACAAUAGUUUUAGGUGUAUCCUAGGCCAUAACAUUUAGACUUAACAAUAGUUUUAGGUGUAUCCUAGGCCAUACAAUUAGAGACGUAACAAUAGUUUUAGGUGUAUCCUAGGUCAUACAUUUAGAGACUUAACACUUCACACCUCCCUCUUCCCCCCCCCCCCCCCCCCACCACCACCACCACUCUCACAAACCACUAACGCUACUAGUCUUGACUGUUUUAUACCUUACAUAUUUGACCUGUUUUUUAAAUGGACCGUAUAGUACAGACUUUGGCACAUAUCACUCAUCUUCCACAUUGUUUAUCAGGUGGAGUUUAUUAGUGCAAUGCAGGGACCUUCUGACUGCUGUAGACUCAGAGAAAUAUAUAUUCUAAUUUUUACUAUCAUUUUUAUGACAGUUUGGAAACAAUAAGUCACAUUUAUCAUAUGAUUCCUGUUCUGUUUGAUUUGUCAACUCUAUUAUGCACUGCAUAGGUCAAACCUUUAGUCAGUGGUAGUUUGUGAACAAAUGCUUGCAUUUUAUCUGAUGAUACAUUUUGUCAAUCAUUUCCCAGCCAUGCAGUAGUUUGCCCAUUCUAAAACCAUUCGUUAUGCAGGAUUUAAGCUGUUGCUCGCCAAAUGCAAAUAAAAGUUGAAUUUGUCAAAUAUAUUUCAUUACUAAUCCAAAAAACCUCAUUUUGUUAGUGUCUUGCCUAUUAAUAACCACCUUCGUUCAUUGUGCUGACAUUGUAUAUCUGUAUGCAUUUUUGUAAUUGUAUUUAUCAUAUGACCAUUCAUCUGGCUAUGUCUUUGAAUGAUCAGGGUGAUAACCUCCCACCCCCACCCCCCCAAAAAAAAGAAUCAUUGCUCUUUUUACUUUAAAAGUGUGUUUUUUUUCUAGCUAGAGAAACCCUCAGUUACUGUGCUUUGAUUCUUGUUUUACUCCCCACCCCUUUAUUACAAACUAGGUAUGGCCCUGGUGAAAGUAUCUAAACAUUUAACAAUCAGAAUGAUUUUCAUUAUGUAUGUUUGACCUUACAUCAGGCAGUCAAACCUGUGUUAAAUGGCUGCCAGGGUUUCUGCCAAAGGGUAAAACGGGUAUGGUGCCAUAUCCAAAAGUUUUUGCAAUUUUUUUUAUUAUUUUUUUUUUUUAAUGUUAACCUCUUGACAAA